AUGUCGUACGAAACUGACAACUAUGACCAGCGCGACCGCUCACCUCGUCGUCGAUCUCGCUCACCGCGACGCUCCAGACGCUCUUACUCGCCCCGCAGCCGCUCGCGCAGCCGUGAGGAUUACCGUCGCACAGAACGUCGCUCGCGCUCUCCAAACAGUGGCGCCCAAGCUGCGGCAGGUGGUUAUCAGUCUUACGGUGCCGGUCGAGGAGGCUCAUCGCGACCUGUCGAGAACAAGGGCGAGAUGAUGCAAAGUAUUAGGGAUUCUUCGCAACAAGACCGUCGCGUCUAUGUGGGAAACUUAUCAUACGAUGUCAAGUGGCACCACCUGAAGGAUUUCAUGCGUCAAGCUGGUGAAGUCCUCUUUGCAGAUGUCUUGCUGCUUCCCAACGGAAUGUCAAAGGCGCAGAACGCCGUUGCAUCGCUCAGCAACCAGAACCUAAUGGGCCGCCUCGUAUACGUUCGCGAAGACCGAGAGGCCGAGCCUCGAUUCAGCGCCCCCGGCGGCGGCGGUCGCGGAGACUUUGGCGGUGGAAUGGGCCCACGCGGCGGCUAUGGAGGUGGUUUUGGCGGUCACCCAGCUGCUGGUGGCGCCGGUGCUGGACGACAGGUCUAUGUUGCCAACCUUCCCUAUAACGUAGGCUGGCAAGACUUGAAAGACCUCUUUCGUCAGGCUGCCAACAACGGUCAAGUGCUUCGCGCUGACGUCCACACCGCGCCUGACGGCCGUCCUAAGGGCUCCGGCAUCGUUGCAUUCGAGACACCCGAGGACGCACGCAAUGCCAUUACCCAGUUCAACGGCUAUGACUGGCAGGGCCGAAACCUAGAGGUUCGUGAGGACCGUUUCGCCGGUGCUCAGGGUGGUUUCGGCGGCCGUGGCGGAUUUGCUGGCGGUCGUGGAGGCUUUGGUGGAGGCUUUGGACGUGGUGGUUUUGGUGCCCGUGGUGGCUUCGGUGGCGGCUUCGGCGGUCGUGGAGGCUAUGGCGGUGGUGCUGGAUACGGUGGUGGUGCUCCUGGCGGCCCUGCCUUCGACCCCAAUGCUGCUCCUGCUGCACCGAACCCGUUCACAGACUAUGCUACCGCAGGUGGAGAGCCUAGUAACACCAUCUACGUCCGUAACCUUCCCUGGUCGACUAGCAACGAGGAUCUCGUCGAGCUCUUCACUACUAUCGGCAAGGUCGAGCGCGCUGAGAUUCAGUAUGAGCCCAACGGCCGCUCUCGUGGAACUGGUGUUGUCGAAUUUGAGAAGGCUGCAGACGCAGAAACCUCUAUUGCCAAGUUCACCGGUUAUCAGUACGGUGGCAGACCCCUGGGCCUGGCCUAUGUCAAGUACACUAAUCUGGGUAACGGCGACGCCAUGGAGGGUACUGAGCACACAGGUGGCUUGACUCAGGAUCAAAUCAUGUAAUCCGGUCUCGGGUAUACGGAGUUUCCUUGACGUGGCAAAUAUUUGCUAGUUCGUUCAUGCGAACUAUAUGUGUGUUCCGCUUAUGAGCGCCGUCAUGUUACGAGGUUCUUUGAUCUCAUGUUUCGAGUCUCUCCUCGGAGAAGAGGGUUGAGAAUAAUUUGCUCAAGCUUUCUGAUCAACGGGGAUACUGCGGAACAAAAUUUCAUUGUCUAGGGAAAAUGGCUAGCUGUCAAGAGGUAGCUUCAGAUCGCAUGGAGAUCUCAUGGGUUCACAA